GAUAAAAAUAAAAAAACAAUGGCAUCGCUGUUGUUCAGAGCUGCUGCCAUUUCCUCUCCAUUCUCCAUCUCUGCGAAAGCAUACACCCUUGGUCGCCUCGCCAGGAGGACCCUCUCUCCCAUUCGCUCCAUGGCCAGCUCCGCUGCUGACGAGCGCUUCCAAAAGGUUCAGAUUCAAAGAGAUGAUACCGUAUUUGAUGCUUAUGUGGUUGGAAAAGAAAAUGCUCCUGGAAUUGUAGUUUUGCAAGAAUGGUGGGGAGUUGAUUUUGAGGUCAAAAACCACGCUUUGAAAAUUUCCCAGAUGGGACCUGGCUAUAGAGCCCUAAUUCCAGAUUUGUAUCGUGGAAAGGUUGGUUUGGAUGUUGCUGAGGCACAACAUUUGAUGGAGGGGCUGGAUUGGCCUGGUGCAAUUAAAGACAUACAUGCUUCAGUUAAAUGGCUUAAAGCAAAUGGUUCGCCAAAGGUUGGUGUCACUGGGUUUUGCAUGGGAGGUGCUCUGUCAAUUGCAAGUGGGGUUUUAGUACCUGAAAUUGAUGCUGUUGUUGCUUUCUAUGGCACUCCUUCAUCAGAACUUGCUGAUCCUUCAAAGUCUAAAGCACCAGUGCAGGCACAUUUUGGAGAGCUUGAUAGCUUUGUUGGGUUUUCAGACAUCACGGCGGCAAAAGCACUCCAGGAAAAGCUGAAUUCAAGUGGAGUUCCAUUUGAGGUUCAUAUUUAUCCUGGGCUUAGCCAUGCUUUCAUGAACACUUCACCAGAAGGCGUCCAACGGAGGAAGACAAUGGGUUCGAAGGAUGAGGACUAUGCUGCUGUGGACUUAGCUUGGUCUUGCUUUGAAUCUUGGAUGAGUAAACAUCUGCGCUCUGCUUGACCUGACCCGCCAUUCAUGCCUGUUGUGGCAUGCUGGUGUCUGCCUUAGGGCCGAGUUAUAUGCUGUUUUUAAAGUUAGUUAUGGAGAUCUGCUACAUGUUUGUGGACUGUCGGUACCUGUUGCUUUGAAUGUUAAAAAGAUGUUCACCACAAAUAAGUCUAUGGAGUGUCUCAGAUGCUUUUAUCAUGGUUCAUAUGACCCUUUGAAACGUAUCUUGAGCAUGCUA